AUACCUAAUAACGCAUGAAAAAGCGCGUCCUUCUCAAGUGUUCGUAAGUGGAUCAUGAAUCACGACACGGGUUUAGUCGGCCGUGGCGAUCGCGACGAGGUCACGACUCACGCACGCACCUGCUCAAACUCAAAACUCAAACCCACCCCCCAUUUGACGGGGCAAUUAGCAAAGUAAAUGUUCAAACUCAAAAACUCAACCCCACACCUCUCUUCCUAUUCUAUUAUACAUAUUCACUUCCUCUCAUAUUAUAUUUAACCCUGUUUCUCUCAAUCUCAAUCUCAAUCUCAAUCCAUCUCACCGUUUCUAUUUCUGUCACUCUCUUUCACGGGAGCGUAGCUUUCACACAACACCACCAACCACUUUUUAAUAAUGGGCCAGUCCACUUCCAGCUUGGGUUCUCCGUCGGAGUUUAGCCAGUUUUACCCGAAUUAUCGGUUCAAACUCAGCUCAUCGGCGGUUAUCACGCCGUUUGAGUUAAUGGAAGAGGCGGAGUUUUCCGAAAACGUCGCUGUUGGUCGUGACUACACAGCCGAUCUUCCUGACGAGUGCUUAGCUAGCAUUUUCCAUUUCCUCGGCACCGGAGACCGGAAAAGGUGCUCGCUCGUUUGCAGUAGGUGGCUCAGCGUUGACGCUCAAAGCCGUCACCGUCUCUCUCUCAACGCUCGAGCUGAUUUGCUCUCUUCGAUUCCUUCUAUCUUCGCUCGCUUCGACUCGGUCACCAAACUCGCUCUCCGAUGUGACCGGAAAUCGACUAGCAUAGACGACGACGCUCUGGUCCUGAUCUCGAUCCGGUGCCGGAGCCUCACCAGCGUGAAGCUCCGUGGUUGCCGCGAGCUCACUGACCUAGGAAUGGCCGCUUUUGCUCAGAACUGCAAGGGUUUGAAGAAACUCUCUUGUGGCUCGUGUUUGUUCGGCGCUAAAGCCAUGAACGCAGUCCUCGAUUACUGCACAGCUCUCGAGGAGCUCUCCGUGAAGCGCCUCCGCGGCCUACAUGACUCGGCGGAGCCGAUCGGUCCCGGCGCUGCGGCGUCGUCUUUGAAAUCAAUCUGUUUGAAGGAGCUCGUCCAUGGUCAGAACUUUGGACCGCUUAUAGUCGGUUCGAAAAAGCUCAAAACUUUGAAAAUCAUUCGGUGUUUGGGUGAGUGGGACAAGGUUUUAGAUAUGUUAGGAAAAUUCAACACUGGUUUGACCGAAAUUCAUCUCGAGAGGGUUCAAGUUAGCGAUGUUGGCCUCUCUGGCAUUUCGAAUUGCUCCAAUUUGGAGAUCUUGCAUAUUGUUAAGACUCCGGAAUGUUCGAAUUCCGGCCUUGUUUGUGUUGCUGAACACUGCAAGCUAUUAAGAAAGCUUCACAUUGAUGCUUGGAGGACUAAUAGGAUUGGCGAUGAGGGUUUAAUUGCUGUGGCCAAACAAUGCCCCAAUUUACAAGAACUUGUUUUGAUUGGAAUGAAUCCUACGUCGACGAGUUUAGCACCGAUAGCUUCUAAUUGCCAGAAGCUUGAACGAUUGGCACUCUGCGGGAGUGGCACCAUUGGUGAUGCUGAGAUUGCCUGCAUUGCUGCGAAAUGCACGGCCUUGAAGAAGCUUUGUAUUAAGUGUUGUCCCAUUUCGGAUGUGGGGAUUGAAGCGCUUGGUUUUGGUUGUCCCAAUUUGGUGAAGGUUAAGGUGAAGAAGUGUAAGGGAGUGAGUACUGAAGUCGCGGAUUGGUUGCGAGAACGAAAGGGGUCUUUGAUUGUCAUUCUGGAUGCUUGUGAAAUUGAACCAUUGGAUGGCAGUGGUAGUGAGCUUGGAGUUCAAGAGAGUGCCAUGGAGCUCCCACCAAUUGUUAGCCAAGGAACUAUGGUAGCUGAUGUUGCAUCAAGUAGUAAUAGCCGGAUGACAAUGUUUAGGACCAAAUUUGGAUUUUUCACUGGUAGGAAUUUAGUGGCGUGCACUCUCAGGAGGUGGUCAAAUGGUGAAGAUGAUGGUUCCAAUUCCAACUUAUGAUGAUCUUUGUAAGAUUUGGAAAUUUUGUUAUUGCUCAAAUCAAUCCUAGUGUUUUCACCAGAAUUCUUGUGUUUGUAUUGUCUGUAACUGGUUUGUUUGAUUUAUUGUUUAUUGUUGAACUGUAUUAGCAAAAUGAAAAUUCCUGCAACAAAAGGUUGGUUUGGAAAAA